CUCCCCACUAUGCCGAUCCCUGAACAAUGCACUGUCCUCGUGGUCGGUGGUGGACCAGCAGGGUCGUAUGCAGCAGCGGUUCUAGCGCGAGAGGGCAUUGACACGGUGCUCUUAGAGGCUGAUGUGCAUCCCCGGUACGUUCACCUCCCUGUUGUCGGCUCGGCAGGCUUUUGGCGAAGAAGAGCUUUUCUUCUGACAUAGACUAUCCAGAUAUCAUAUCGGGGAGAGUAUGCUGCCUUCGAUG